AUGCUGAAAAGUGUUGAGAAGUUAACACUUCCACAAGUAAUAUCACAGAGGCUUACUUUCCACUAUCGACUGAGGCGCAAGCCUGAGGAGAUAGAGGAGAACUGCAUCUCAUCCGAGACCUCCGAUGAGAAGCACUCGAAGGGCUGCAACGAUCAGAAGAAUGCAAGCCACUAUGAGCAGCCUGUGAUGGUGACCGAUUUGAGAGAUGAUUCAGAAGGGUUUUCCAUCCAGGAGACCGAACUAGAACGGCCAGCGAUGCGACAGUCUAAUAAGAUGUCAAUUCUGGUGGGCAUAUUUGUUGCGGUCGGUGGCUUUCUAUAUGGGUACGAUACCGGCCUCAUUAACAGUAUCACCGAGAUGAGCUUCGUCAAGAAGCAUUUUGCACCCAAUCAUGUCAACUUUACCUCGAUGGAGAUGUCCAUACUUGUCUCUUUCCUGUCACUUGGGACCUUCAUUGGUGCACUUGCGGCCCCGCUGCUGGCAGACUCCUACGGAAGAAAAUCGACUGUCAUAUUCAGUACAUUCAUAGUGUUCUUGGUGGGCACGUCGCUGCAGGUCAGCGCAACUAGUAUGGCGCUUCUAGUGGCAGGUCGUGUUGCCUCCGGGGUGGCUGUGGGACUAAUAUCUGUGGUUGUGCCGUUAUACCAAGGCGAAGCGGCGCAGAAAUGGUGUCGUGGUGCCAUUAUCUGUACAUAUCAGUGGGCCAUAACCUGGGGGUUGCUUGUCUCGAGCGCUGUUUCUCAGGGCACAUAUCUGAGGAACGACGCCUCGUCCUACAGAAUACCAAUUGCGCUGCAAUACGUGUGGUGCAUCAUUCUUGGGUCGGGAAUGCUUCUGCUGCCAGAGAGCCCACGUUAUUACGUCCUGAGGGACCAGCUGGACAAGGCCGCUCUAUCCCUGUCCUUCUUGCGAGGAGUGCCGCACGAUGACGCCGGCCUCCUGGAAGAACUGGUAGAGAUCAAGGCGAACUAUGACUAUGAGAUGUCGUUGAAGUCAUCUUCGUAUCUUGACUGUUUUCGAACUAGUGAGCACAGACCCAAGCAGCAAAUUAGGAUGCUUUCAGGGAUUUUGUUGCAGGCAUUCCAGCAGUUUUCGGGCAUCAAUUUCAUUUUCUAUUACGGGGUCAACUUCUUCAGCAGCACAGGCAUUAGCAAGAGCUAUCUUGUAUCGUUCGUUACUUACGCCGUAAAUGUCGUCUUCAACAUACCCGGUCUAUUUCUCGUCGAGUAUGCUGGCCGCCGGAAGCUGCUUCUGGUCGGCGGCGUGCUGAUGACCAUCUCCAAUUUCAUCAUCGCAAUAGUGGGUGUGUCCACCGAUUCAGUUAUCGCUAAGAAGGUUAUGAUCGUGUUCAUCUGCAUGUUCAUCGCCGCAUUCUCCGCAACUUGGGGAGGCGUCGUCUGGGUCAUGUCCGCCGAGAUGUAUCCGUUGGGCGUCCGCUCCAAAUGCGCGGCCAUCUGCGCGGCAUCCAACUGGCUCGUUAACUUUGUCUGCGCGAUGAUUACCCCGUACCUCAUUGAUAUAAGCUCCUACACGUCCCGCCUCGGUAGCACCAUCUUCUUUGUCUGGGGUUCGCUCAACGCCAUUGGCGUUAUGGUCGUCUACCUGACUGUCUAUGAGACCAGCGGUCUAACACUCGAAGAAAUUAAUGAACUCUACCGCCGCUGUCCAUCCAGCCUGGCGUCCUGUGCAUGGAACCGGCGUAUCAAAAGUUCCCCAGAAGACUACCACCUCACCGUCACCGGCCGGUGCGCUCCCAGUGAACACCAAGACCAUGUCGAUCUCGGCAACGGUCUCUGUCUGGCCACGUAUCACCGUGCCCCGCCUUCAAUAAUUUCGGAAUCCUCCAAUAGCAGUAGCGACAGCGUUGUCAAUUCCGGCGCUGGCGCUGGCGGUCCCGCUGCCGCGCCUGCGGGCAUCAACGCUUACAUGUCUGACCUAAUGAACAAUAUUGUCGUAAACACACAUUCUACUCCCGCAGCAGGCACAAGUACAUAG